AUGGUGCGGGCGGUGCCGGGGCCGCGGCCGCGCGCGCUUUAUAGCCGGGCCCCCCAUCGAUCGCCGGACGCCCGAGGCCGCCCCCCGCAGCUGUCCCCGCGCCACGGAACGGGGCCGAGGGGGGCGGGGCGGGCGGGAAGCCGCGGGCGGGGCCCCGGAACGUGGGGCGGGGCGUCUGCACUGGGGGACGGGGCGGCGGCGGCGCUGGCGGGGGGCGUGCUGCUCAUCGGCGCCGUGCUGGCCGGCAACUCGCUAGUGUGCGCGGGCGUGGCGGCCGCGCGCGCCCUGCAGACGCCCACCAACUACUUCGUCCUCAGCCUUGCGGCCGCCGACCUCCUACUGGCCCUCCUCGUGCUGCCGCUCUUCGUCUACUCGGAGGUCCAGGGGGGCGUGUGGUUGUGGAGCCCCCGCCUCUGCGACGCCCUUAUGGCCAUGGACGUUCUGCUGUGCACCGCCUCCAUCUUCAACCUGUGCGCCAUCAGCGUGGACAGGUUCGUGGCCGUGGCGCUGCCCCUGCGCUACAGCCAGCGGGGCGGGGCCGCGCGGCCACUGCUGCUCAUCGGCGCCACGUGGCUGCUGGCCGCGGCGGUGGCCGCGCCGGUGCUCUGCGGCCUCAACGACGUGCGCGGCCGCGACCCCGCCGUGUGCCGCCUGGAGGACCGCGCCUACGUGGUCUUCUCGUCCGUGUGCUCCUUCUUCCUGCCCUGCCCGCUCAUGCUGCUGCUCUACUGGGCCACAUUCCGGGGGCUGCGGCGCCGCGAGGUCACGCGCCGCACCAAGCUGCGGGGCCCCGCGCCCCGCGCCCCCGACUGCGCAUCGCCCCCGCCGCCCGCCCGCGCGGAGCGGCGCGCCGGCAUCCCGGGCCGGGAGCGCAAGGCCAUGAGGGUCCUGCCCGUGGUGGUCGGCGCCUUCCUGCUGUGCUGGACGCCCUUCUUCGUGGUGCACACCACCCGCGCGCUCUGUCCCGCCUGCGCCGUGCCCCCGCGCCUGGUCAGUGCCGUCACCUGGCUGGGCUACGUCAACAGCGCGCUCAACCCACUCAUCUACACCGCCUUCAACUCCGAGUUCCGGCGCGUCUUCCGCAGGACCCUGGGCCUGCGCUGCUGACCCCGGAGAGCUGUCGGCCGCCUGCCCCUUUGCUCUGCCCCCUCCAAGCCCUACCCAGACUCUAGAAGCUCCUCCGGAGUGACUUGCACUGAGAGACCGACCAAGCUGCUGCGGGUUGUUUAUUCUGAGGAAAGCAAAAACAGACCUGCCCCUGUGAGCCUCAUUUAGCUCCUGGACUCAGGGCUGGGAGGUGCGCUGGGUGGGCGAUUCCGUGGUCUGCAUAUGCGAGGUCCAGUGUCCAGCUGCAUGCUUCCCCCAGCACCGCCAGAGCAAACCCUGAGCACUGAGCCAGAGCACCACCAGGUGUGGUCCCAAAACGGAACAAAAAACAGAUAAAAGGGCCAGAGAAAUGUACAGCAGGCAGUGCACUUGCUUGGCACUCAGUCGACCCAGGUUCAAUCCUCGGCAUCCGUAUGGUUCUCUGAGCACGGCCAGGAGUGAUC